AUGUCAAACAUUGUUAGAUAUCCAAAAUAUUAUAAUAAAAUAUUACUGCCGUUUACUUUUAAACAUUAUAAUAAUAAGUUUUGUUUUGUUACGAGAAAUAGUAGUACUAGUUCAACAACAAUUGGACAACCAGUACAACCAAAGAGAUCAAAUGGCGUUGGUGGAUUUCGUGGAGGAAUAAUUGGAUUCUUAUUGGGUUUAACUGUUGCAGGCGGUACUGGAUAUUUUUAUUUAUUGGAAGAGUAUAAAUUGGCUUCUAGUAUUUCUCUUGAUACAGUCGAAGAACUUCAAAAAUCUACAGACAAGGUACGUGAUUAUGCUAAAAAAAUUGAAACAAUAGAAUCUGAAUUAAACGCUCUUCAAUCAGUUGCUGCUACUACAGAUCAAAUCAAAGAAUUAAGAAGUGAAUAUAGGAAAUUAUAUGAUAAUCUUAAUAUACAACAUCUUGAACUUAAAGCAUAUGUUUGGGGCCUUGGUUAG